AUGUCCGGAGGAUUCGCUUCGUCCGGCUCAUCUGGAUUCGUUUCUUUUGGCUCUGCGGUUGUCGAGAAAGAAAAUGUUUCCGCCUUCGGUCCUAUGGAGUUUCGCAGUGCAGAGAAAAAUGGGGUGACCAGCGAGGGGGACGUGGUCGAAGUUUUGAUCGUGAUGGUCAGCGUUUCCGUGACAGCCGUGACGGCCGUGACAGCUAUCGUGAUCGCGAUGGACGUGAAGGCAACCGUGAUGGGUUUCGGUCCAGGGGAGGCUACGGAGGAGGCGGUGGAAGAGAUUCGCAGGGACGUAGCGGAUUCAGAGGAAGCCGCAUGUGAAAUGCCUUUGAUGUUGCUCACAAUUUCCAUGUUUAUCAUUUGUUACAUUGUGUUACGUUUUUUCGAUUAA